GCACGCGCAUCGUCUUGUGUUUGUGAACCCAGCCAGCUAGCUGGCAAGCCUGGCUACAUUCUCUCCUUUCGUUUGCCAAAAUGACAUUGGAAGAAAGACUAAUUUCUGCUGUUUCGGAUUAUCCAGAGUUAUACAACUCAACUUUAAAUUCUUACAAGGAUACCGACAGAAAGGCAAAAGCGUGGAGGGCUGUAAGUUUGCAAGUUGAAAUGCCAGAGGAAGACUGCCGAAGAAAAUGGAAGAGCUUGAGAGACAUGUUCAUCAAAGAUAAACGUUCUGAACAGCGACGGCGAGCUUCAGGGGGCACACAUCGAAGCUGGAAGUACAGCUGGCAAAUGGCCUUCCUGACCCCCUUCAUACAGUCGAAGACCUCACAAGGCAAUGCGGCCACAGACGAUCCGGACGAUGAGCGCGACGAUGAAGACAGGGAGGACGAGAGACCGGCAGAUGGCAAUUCAUCUUUUGUUAUACACGAAAUAGAAGGAGAACACAGUGGACUAGACGCGUCCUCUCACUUUCCUCCUUCUGGUUCCCACAAGUCCAGCAGGAAGAGGAAAUGGCAGGUAGAUGGGACAGAUGAGUUGGAAGAUGAGAUGUUUCUCUUCAGCUUGCUCCCUUACCUUAGACGGCUACCUUACGCCAAGAAGAGUGCUGUAAAACUGAAAAUACACCAAAUACUAUAUGAAGCAGAGUUUCAGUAGAAUUUAGCUUAUCUUUAAUUUACCAAGUUUUUUUUAUACUAAGAGAAAAUGGUUGUUCCCUCUGUAUCAGUCUGUCAGAAAGUUAACACGACAACAAUUGCACAACAGAUGUGUUGUGACAUUUUCUCUGAAUAAAUCCAGCCAACACAUCUGACUAA